CAACUGUCAACUCUUAGCAACCUCAGAAUUCCAUUCCAUCACCUCACCUCCUACCACGCCAUUUCUCUUUAGACCAAUGGCGAGGCUGACUUCAAACCCUUCAUCAUGACUACCGCCGAAGAAGACAGCUCCUACAUUGACUACGAAACCUUCUUAUCGCCGACCUUCUCCCCCUCCCAAUUCGCCAACACCCUCGUCCUAACCACCAACAAUGCUUCCGACACCCCUCUCGAUCUCUCGACUCCCCUUUCCCGCGUACUCUUCGACGCCCAAGAAAUAAAUACUCACAUUGAUACCUUGACCACCAAAUCCGCUUUGCCCCUCCUCUCACAUACCCAAGAACAGACUACUUCUUCCCAGAAUAUUGUCAAGGAAAUCGAGUCUCAAGUACAGAGUUUAAAUGAUGGUUAUAAAAGACUGGAGAAGGAAGUGUUGGUGAGAUACGAGACGGCAGAUGAGGUUAGGGCUGUUGCUGAAAGAUUAUGGGAGACGGUGCGGCUUGGGCGGAGUGUGGGACGCUGUUUGCAAUUAGGAAGGCAACUGGAGAUACAAGUUGCCGAGAUCGGGAGGUCGGGCAAUGCUGGUAGGGGAGCAGGGCAAAAGGAGGAUCAUGGUGCUCUGGUGAGGUGCUCGUAUACUUUGCUCAGUUUACGGGAGUUGUUUGGGAAGAACGGCGUCGGUGAAGAGGGGGCAGGAUUGGACAGAGUAGAUGUUGUGCGAACAUUGCGGAGCUCCAUCAUCUCUCCCGCAGAGCGGGCAGUGCUUUCAAAGUCCCAGCAGGUGGUCCGCGAGUUCUCCAUGUCGAAUGUCUCAUCGGGUCCCAACACAACGACAUAUGCCCAAACGACUGACACGAAAUCGAGGACGACUUCUGCGCUACAGUCUCUAUAUUUACUCUCCACCGUCCCACAUCCGACUUCAAAAAAAGAGAGAUGGGAACCAGAUUUACUUAUUGGGGCUCUGCAGGACUACCUCCGCACCUCCCUAACCUCAUCUCUCGCCUCUCUCGCGCGCUCCCUUGCCGCACUGCCUACACUCGACCGCACACUUCUCGAAGUCUCCGCACGCUGUCAAAACCUCCUUGCCCUUGAGUCUCUCCUAUCGUCCACUACCGCUCCUGCCCACCCGAUCCUCUCUUCCACCUUGCCUCCUAAAAACUUCUUGGAGCCGUUGUUGCAGAGUCUAGAGACGGGAAGCUUGGCGUCAUAUUUCUGGAGGACAUUGGCUGGUGGUCUGAGUCCAAAAGUGGUGGAUAUUAUCAACAGAGGGGGUGUGGCCGCGCGCACACUGAGAAGUAAUAAGAAGAGUGUAGGCGAUGCGGUGAGGGAAUGUGUGGUUAGAGGAUGCCAAGCGCCGGGGGGCGCUAACAGGGAUGGAAAGGAGAAACAGGAAGUGACUUGGGAGAGAGAGAUCGCGGUCAUGGUUGGGAGUAUAACUGGGCCUUUAGGGAGAUGAAGCUCCUGCCCAGCGUAUGAGAAAUAGAAGUCUGUGCUGGCACGUCGAAGGCUCAUCACCAUCUACGAAUUGGUCCGAGUCACCAAGUGGAGAUGGACAAUUCUGCCAUAACCUGAAAUGAAGAAUACAGCAGACAUAUCAAUGCUCGUGCCUCCUGAACAAUCAAAGAGUAGAUGACGGCAUUGUAUAUCAGUAAUGGCA